GGAAGGGUAGUUCCCUCGGCAAGAUGGCGGCCCCGCCGGCCCAAGAACCGAUGGUGAGGCCGCCGCCGCCGCCGCCGCCUCCCCCGCCGCUUCCUCGGGAGUCGGACGAAAACGGCUGCGGACACAGCGCCCCCGAGGAGCCGGUUGAAGAAACGGCGGACUCGCCGUACCUGCGGGCCCGUCGUAAGCUGGAGAACCUCCUGAACAAGAGCCUGCGGAUUCGUAUGACGGACGGGCGGACCUUGGUGGGCUGUUUCUUAUGCACUGACCGGGACUGCAACGUCAUUUUGGGUUCGGCCCAAGAAUAUCUGAAACCCACCG